AUGAGUGACAACAAAGCAGUCAAGAGUCCAGACGAUGAAUAUAAAAAGAAACUAAACAGAAUUAAAUCAAAAAUAUGCUAUUACAAAAAGAAGCCGCAAUGCGGUGGGGUUGAAAACGAUAAAGAAAUAAUUGAAAAAUUAGAAACUUACCGUUCAAUCCUUAAACUGGGUGAAGCAAAAAUAAAAGAAUUUAAUAGAAUAAAUAAAUUGAUUGGAAGAGAUGAAUUUAAUAAAGAUGAAUUUUUAAACUCAAUCCAAAUUUAA